AUGCCGCCAAAAAUGGAUGAUGCAAAUGUGACUCUAAAUAGUGGUCAAAUGACGGUGUUCCAAACAACGAAUGUGAACGAGUUCAACCCUAAUAUGGAAUCUUGGGAAGUGUGGAAAGAGCGCCUUGAAAUCCAUUUCUGUGAAAUUGGUUGCACAGAGGACAACAUAAAAAAAUCGAUUUUGUUGAAGUCGAUUGGUGCAGUGCCGUAUAAAGUGCUACAUAGUUUAUGCAGCCCUGAUUCCCCUGUUCGUAAGACGUAUGAUGAGCUGUGUGUGAUAUUGGACACACAAUAUACUCCACCAACGAUCGUUUUUAGUGAGCGGAAGAAGUUUCAUGUGGCAGUUAAGAAUGAUGGCGAGUCUGUUGCUGAGUGGUAUGCUCGUGUGAAGACCCUAGCACUUAAUUGCAAAUUUGGAGCCCAUUUAGAUGCAUUCAUCUUAAACCAAUUUGUAAUGGGUUUGCCAAAUUUUAUGUUCGAGAGGCUAUGUGAGGAAGAUGAAACUCUAACGGUGCAAAGUGCGUUGAGAAAAGCUAUGAUAUUGGAAACAAAAAACAUGGCGAAAGUAGCAGAAAGGGAUCAAAGUUCAGUAAACUUUGUUAACAGAUCGAAGCCUUCGAGAAAAAAUGGCGGUGGUGGUUACAGCGGCAAUAGUUAUGGCGGUAACAUAAGUGGUGGUGGCAGCAGCGGUGGUAGCGGUAGCAGAGGCAGUGGCAGCAGAGGAAAUUUUUGUGGCAGCAGAGACAAUAACGGCGACGGUGAAAGAAAAUCAUCGUGCUCUCAUUGUGGUUGGCGUAACCAUAGCUCGCAGUCUUGUAAAUACAAGAACAGCAAGUGUCAUUCCUGUGGAAAAAUUGGCCAUUUGGCAUCUGUUUGCUACAAUAAAAAGAGAAGUGUUAAUUACGUUUCUAAUGACACUAGUAAUGACACUAGUGACGUGUAUUCCCUUCCAGUAAUAAUUGAUGGUGUCAAAUUGAAUGCUGUGUGUGAUACAGGUGCGCCAUGUACAUUGUUGCCUUUGUCGUUUUAUGAAAACGACGAUGUUAAGAAGGUUCUUCGUCCAUGCCAUGUACCAUAUGUGGAUUAUAGCGGAGACAAAUUGAAGCUGGUUGGUGAAUAUUAUGCCUCAAUUACUUUUGAAGGUAAAACUAAAUCUGUAGUUGUUGUUGUUGUUGAGUCAUCGAAUCCCCCAUUACUUGGACGUUCGUUUUUACGUGCUUUCAACUUUGAAUUGCUGCAAGUGAACAAUGUAAAUUGCCCAAAUUUAAAUUCCGUGAUCGAGCAGUUGAGAAUGGAAUUUUCUGAGGUUUUUGAGGAAAAAUUGGACAAGAUUGAGGCGAAAUUACGCGAUUUAAUUGCGACUGGUGUGUUGGAACCAGUAGAUAACUCCGAUUGGGGUACACCUUUAGUACCAAUUUUGAAACCAAAUGGCGAUUUUCGCAUUUGUGGAGACUAUAAAGUCACAAUUAAUAAGUUUUUGGAGGAUUUCAAGUAUCGUUUGCCUCGGAUUGAAGAAAUUUUUGCUUCUUUGGAGGGUGGUGAACUUUUCACUAAACUUGAUUUGUCGAAUGCCUACAAUCAACUUGUUCUUGAUGAGGAUUCCCAACUGUUGUGUGCGUGGAGUACGCACAUUGGAACUUUAAAAGUAAAACGUUUACCUUUUGGUGUUAAGACAGCAGCAGCUAUUAUUCAAAAAACUAUGGAAAAUCUAUUCAGAGGAAUUCCAUAUGUUGUAGUAUAUCAAGAUGAUAUUACAGUCACUGGUAAAAAUAUGCAGGAACACAUAAGUACGUUGCGUUUGGUUCUACAAAAAUUACAAAGUUCUGGAUUAAAACUGAAUUUAAAGAAGUCUGAAUUUUUCAAAUCCAAAAUAUUGUAUUUGGGUUUUAAUAUUGAUAAAAAUGGACUUAGCAAAAAUAAUGAUUGA